AUGGUCACGAGAACGUUACUACGGCGGCCAUUGAGCGCUCUCGCCUCCCAAAGAUGGACCUGUGCAUCAUGUACCAAAUCCUCGCCAUUCCAGCGCAAUCAGCAGCGCAACAUCCAUUACGUACCCACGCUCGCCUACGAUGAAAGCUUUCGGGAAAACGGUGUGCCUGGUCUAUUCUCAAUCCAAGGCUACUCGCUAGCAUGGACGCAAUAUCAAGCAAUGAUCGUCUCGAAGCUCAACGAGCUGGUAGCAGGGGAAGUGAUUGAAAACGCCGACGUCAAAACCCUCACGCACCAGUUCGCACGCGAUCCGAUGAACGCCAGCAUCUUCAACUAUGCCAGCAUGGCGCACAACAACCACCUCUUCUUCCAGACUCUCUCUUCAGCACCCGCGAAUCUCGACAAAGUGCCCCAGUUGAAGGACUCACUCAUCAAAGCCUUUGGCAGCAUCGAUACGCUCAAGAUGACCAUGGUUGACACUGCGGCCGCCAUGUUCGGUCCGGGAUUUGUUUGGUUGGUAUACGCAAAGGAGCCCAGCGGCGGCAUCGGCACCCGACUAGGCGGACGGAGAGGAAGCUGGAAGAUCCUCAAUACCUACCUCGCGGGAACACCAUACCCAGAAGCCGGCUUUCGCCAGCAGGGGCUUGAUAUGAACAAUGCGAAUACGGAUUCAUACCAGGCGUAUUUGCAAUCGCAACACCUGCAGCCCACAAAUAGCGCGGGUUCGUUUGGGCCCUACAGUCAGAUUGGACGGGAGCGGGCGAAGUUGCCACCGGGUGGAACGAGCUUGAUGCCCGUGCUCUGUGUCAACACGUGGGAGCAUGCAUACAUCUUUGACUAUGGGUUAUUGGGAAAGAGGAAGUACUUGAGUGAUUGGUUCGACUGCGUGGACUGGGGUGUUGUGGAGCAGAACACGCCCCGAGAAGCAAAGCAGCUGGAAUUCCAGAAGAUGUAA